ACUUAACCUCCUCCCUGCCUUGUCCUCAUCGGCGCUUCUCCCCCUUUAAAAUCUUCGCUCUCUUGCCAGUCUCGUCGCGCAGAGCAACCAGAGACCAGCAGAGGAAGAGAGAUUGUGAGACAGAGAAAGAUCAGGAGAGGAAGUAGUAGCUGAAAUGGUGAAGAUUCCGAGCCCGAGGAGGCUGUUCAGGAGCAGGUCCAAGAGCAUCGGCGGCGCCGGCGGCGGCGUCGGCGCGGACAUCUGCGCGAUGGUCGCGGAGCACGAGAAGAUCGAGUGGGAGGUGCGGCCGGGCGGGAUGCUGGUGCAGAAGCGGCGGGCGCCGGAGGAGCAGGACGACGGCAGCAGCAGCAUGUCCGCCCACUCCGGCGCGGACGCCAUCGUCGUCAGGGUCUCCACCGGGUGGCAAUGGCACGACGUCUCCAUCGACUCCACCGCCACCUUCGGUGAUCUGAAGGUGAUGCUGUCGCUGGUGACCGGGCUGUGGCCGAGGGACCAGAGGCUGCUGUACAAGGGGAAGGAGAGAGACGACGGCGAUCACCUGCACAUGGUCGGAGUCCAGGACAAGGACAAGGUGCUGCUGCUGGAAGACCCGGCCGUCAAGGAGAGGAAGCUCCGGUCGACCACCCUGGCGCAGCUCAUGGGAGUGCCCUGCCAUUCCUUCAUCGAAGUCUAGAAAUUAAAUUAAACCCGCCAUUUUGACUUGUUCUUUUUUGGUCUGCUUGCAAGAGUGACACCACGCAAAGAUCCUUUUUUGUUUCCAGCUCAAUCGUCUAACUGCAUUGUUCGGAGUCACUGUUCCAUUUCUCGAGUUCGAGGGUAGUCUGGAUUCAGCCGAUUGAAUCGAAUCGUCUGCACCAAUAGUCCAAUACGACACAAAGACAUAAUGUAAAUUAAUGUAAUUAGAUAAUGUCAGUGUGUGUUGUGUAUUAUUUCAGCUGUAAUACUUCUUACCCCAUGUAUAUUCUCCUACUGCAAUUUGCAAUACAGAUUAUAUGAUGCACCCCCGUC